AUGAGGUGGCUUCAAAGUCCUCGUCUUAGCAUUGGGAAGAAUUCCUCCUAUUGUAGUUUAUAUCGGCUUUGAUUUGAAGGAUGGUGGAGUUCUGAAGAGUCUCGACAACGAAGAAACUUCGUCCAACGAGUCAAAAGGACUCUUUCUUGCGCUUCCCUACACACUCGAUAUCUCUGAUUUCAAUUCUCAAAUCUCCGCAAUCUAGUGGUGUGCCUGCUUUUGGGUCGCCAUGGCUUCUCGGGAGCAUCUGGACAAGAUGCAGAUCCGCCAGAAUUACAGGAAUCUCUGGCACACUGAUCUCAUGAGAACCAUCCAAGCUGACACCCCUUAUUGCUGCUUUUCUUUUUGGUGUGGGCCAUGCGUAUCAUACUUGCUCCGCAAACGAGCUCUUUACAAUGAUAUGUCAAGGUAUGUCUGUUGUGCUGGCUAUAUGCCUUGUAGUGGCAGAUGUGGUGAAAGCAAGUGCCCAGAACUUUGCCUUGCCACAGAGGUAUUCUGCUGCUUUGGAAAUUCAGUGGCCUCUACCCGCUUUCUAUUGCAAGAUGAAUUUAACAUUCAAACAACGCAAUGUGAUAAUUGCAUUAUUGGUUUUAUGUUCUGUCUACAACAAAUUGCAUGUAUAUUCUCAAUCGUUGCAAUGAUUGUUGGCAGUGAGGAAAUUCAAGAGGCUUCUCAAUUACUCUCAUGUUUGGCUGAUAUGGUGUAUUGCACGGUUUGUGCCUGUAUGCAGACACAACACAAGAUUGAAAUGGACAAACGAGAUGGCAAAUUUGGGCCACAACCAGUCAUGGCGGUGCCUCCUUUUCAACAGAUGUCACGCAUUGAUCAACCCAUUCCUCCCUCGGUUGGUUACCCACCUCAACAAGCAUAUGGACAGCCCUAUGGUUAUCCUCCUCCUCAGGCUCAAGGCUAUCCUGCAGCAGGUUAUACUCCAUCCAAUUACCCACCACCCGGAUAUCCACCUUCUGGCUAUUCAAGGUGAUCUGUUUACUGUGAUAGUGUGAUGAAUGGUGGUAUGUCAAAACAGAAGAGCAUUAUACAGUUGUUGGUGUUAAUUUGGAGUAGAUAAACUUCAAAACUUGUGAGUUGUUUAUUGAGUGGGAAAAUAGCGGAGCUGAUGCUUUUGUUUAUUUUAUCGAGGGUACUUAUACUAGUAAAAAUUUGUGUGGGUUUCGAUUUCUUUAUUGUGUAUUAAAAAAAAAAAAAUUGAGACAUAAUUAAGACAUACUUUACUUUUCUUCUA